GUUAGAUCCAGAUCCAUCUUCCCACACCCACAGCAGUAGUCUAGUCUAGUUGAUAGUGAGUCUUAGGAACAUCCUCGGCCGUCGGCCCAAAAUUAGUACAAACCGGUCAUGAUGCUGCUGGAGGAGCUGGAAUCCGGGGAAGAAGGAAGAGAAAAAAAAAAGCAAACAUGCAUCGAAGGAGCACUAAUUCCUCCCGGUCGGGUUUCGCCAGGGUAAAGUUGGCUUCAGAUAUGAGACCUCACAAACCGAUCGUCAUCCACAGCAACGCAUUGUACUCAAGAUACGUCUUCCAUCUUGGUUCUGGUGAUGUGUUGUCCGCGGAAACGUACAGAUCUUCGCCGGUGGAGUUGCCUGCCAGUUUUUCCUCAAGAGAGCGGGUGGGAUUAUAUUCCACCAUAGAGAAGCGAGUAGCGAACAAUUCCGAUGAUUAUAAGCCAGUAGUACUUAGCCAAUGCGCAUCUCCUGAUAGUGUGGUGUUGUUGAUGAUCAGACUGAUUGCAAGUCACGAUUGCCCCUCCGUCCGCCGUUAAGGCCCCGCGCUUGCUGAUGAACUGCUCCUCUCCUCACUGCCCGCCAAAAAAGUGGCUGGCUGCUUCCACUUGUCAAUCCAUUCCCAUCCUCCAGUA